UCGCCCGCCCACAUUUUCCCUUCUCCCUCCCUCCCUCCCUCCCAUGUACGAGAACGCGAAUUCACAACAAACCCGCCCGGCCACCAGCAACAACCACGAUUUUCGCGAUUUUUCUCAUCGCCCAGGGAAGACACGCAAGGGCGGAGAAGUGAAAGAGCGCGAUAGUGGGCGCGAGGUGAACGCGUCGAAGAGCCGCUUCCAUUGAAGGGCGCUGCACGGCGACAACACAACACCGCGGCCUGCGGGCGCUGAUACGAUGGUGCUCUUUAAGAGGAAACCGGUGCAGUAUGUCACCACGCCUACGAUUACGGAUGAUGAUACCGAGGUGUGGGUGAUUCCACAGACGGGAGAGGUAUUCACAGAGUAUGAGAUCUAUCUGAACCGCAUGGACUUCUACAAGCAGCGCCGAUUCAUAUGCCAAAUAACGGGACACUCGGGACUCAACUUCUUCGAGGCGCUAAAGAGCGAACUGGCUGGUGCGGAGGAGGUCGAGCAGGCGUUCCCUAUUGCCCUCAAGGGCCCGAUUCUCCGACGUGUGCAGUUCCAGACGAUCUCACGAAUUGAUAACCUGGUGGACCUCAUAUAUGACGAAUUUAAGAAGGAUUACUAUCCCGGCGAGGUGGUAAUGGUACAUGUGGUCAGCGGCGAGCGCUUGACGGGUGUGGUGCGGGACAAGACGCGGUUUGGCAACAAGGUGCUGCCCAAUGGCACGGUUAGCCCUGCUUUCUCGAGAUACUUUGUCAGCCUGGACAAUCGGCCGUUUGAGGAGGCAGUGGUGGACGACGACCAUAUUACACGCGAUCGCAAAAUCUUCACGAAGCAGGUCUUGCGCUCGUUCAUCAAGAAGACGGUUACGAGGGAGGCUUGGACGGGUGCGCCAUGGCUGGUGAAGCCUGACGUCGCCGAGACAUAUCAUAUCGACACUCGAGUACCCCAGCACCUGAAAUACGAGAGCCACGCGGCUGAGAGGAAACAGAAACAUCAGCAGAAGAAGAAUGGUCCGGACUUUGAUGGGAUGGUUGGCGUGUUCCCCGGCAACAACCCGAAACUACCGGAACUGAAACCAGCGCCCAAGAGCCAUAAGAGCAAGCAACUACAGGGACAAUUAGCGAAGAGCAAGCAGCCUAUGACCUUGAACCCUACGCCUCAGAUGCCGGCUCAGCAGCUACACCGCGCCUUACCACAGCACCAGUUCCAAGCGCACGGAUUUUACCCCAAUGGAAAUGGUACCCCGCCUACGAAUGGACAGUACACCAACUUCCACAACUCGACUUUCUCGUUCCCGCCUAUGCAGCAGCUACCGAUACAACCGCCUCCGCCACCUCCGAUUAAAUACCCCAUUGAGGAUCUGCAGAUUGCGCCGAGGAAGGAGGAUAUACUUAAACGACCACCGCUGAAGUUCUUUUCAGAGAAUACCCCUGUACCUGUCGAAGACCACCCGGCAAAGGAUAAUGGGAUUCUCAUGGAGUCUAUGGGACCUCUGUUGGAGACCUGGGACACUUUGAACGUAUACUGCGAGAUUUUCAAGCUCGACUCUUUCACCUUCGACGACUUCGUCGAGGCAAUGCAGAUCACCUCUGAGGAUGUCGAGUGUGAGCUCUUUGUGGAGAUCCACUGCGCGACCUUGAAGCUACUUGCCGAUUCCGAGAGCGACGGCGGGAAGGUCCAGAUCCAACUCCCCGAGAGUGAUAGCGAUAGCGAAGACGAGGACGACGAAAACGACGAAAGCGCCAUCCAGACGCCGACCCCAGAGCCGGAACCGAAGCCCAAGGGAAGAGCCACGCGCAGCAGUCUAGCCAAGCUCGAGGCGGAAGCUCUGAAGGCCGAGGCGGAGCGCAGUCCUACUCCCGAGGAGAAGAAGUUGCACUUAGCCGAUGAGAUGUUGGAGGACGUGGAUUGGCUAGAGAAGCUACGGAAGCGCGAUUUCAAGAAUGGCGGAUGGGAGAUUGUGGUCGUUGGGUUGCUGUACCAACUCGCGAAGUUCCCGAGGUUCGAGAAGCGGUGCGAGGAGCUGCUGCAGAGCCUUGCGCCGGUCGAUGAGGAACCUAGCGUCGAGACUGCGAGGUUGAGGUAUGCGGGGAUCGAUAUCAACCUGAGGAUUAAGAUCUUGCAGAUUAUUUGCAUGCUUACUAUGGAGACGAAGGCUAUUCGUGGGUUCAUGGAGGAGUGUAGCGAGCAGAUGACGAGCUUCCGCAAGGAGAAGAUCAAAUGGCAGCGCGAUCGGAAGAUAGCGCUGGAGGAGCUGCGUCUGCUGAAUGAGGAAAGGAAGGUCCUCCUUCCUGCUAACACCCUUCCAUUAGAGGAGCCAGAGGCCAAGGUCAACGGCGACACCAAGAUGACCACCCCUGAAGAGCCCGAAGUAGAAGAGGACUCCACAGUCGAUACCGACGAGGACAUCCAUCUCGGCCGCUCCCUCCGCCGCGGCAACGACCGAGCUGCCGAGCGCCAACGCAAGCGCGAAUUAGAGCAAGAGCGCCGCGAGAAAGCCGAAGCCGCAGCCAAGAUGCCAAAGCAAUCAAAGCAGUUCACCAAGCUCCUCAAGGACAUCCAGAAGAAACAGGACACGAUCAAGCAGUGCGAAGAAGAGAUCGCGGUCAUCGACAACGACCUCCGCGAAGCCGACUGCCCGCGCACACGCUGCUUGGGUAAGGACCGCUUCUGGAAUAGAUACUACUGGUUUGAGCGCAACGGAAUGCCAUAUGCCGGUCUGCCUAAUAGCUCUACCGCCGAUGCCGGGUACGCGAAUGGCUGUCUCUGGGUCCAGGGCCCGGAUCCGCUCGAGCGCGAGGGAUACAUCGAUAUGCCUGCUGCCUGGCAAGCCGAGUACCGCAAGCAAUUCGACGUCAGCGUGCCCGAGCGGAAACGCGCAGAGGAGGGCGCGACGAGCGUGUUCGAUGCGAAGGAGUGGGCCUACUACGACGACGCGGAGAGUGUGGACGGCUUACUCGCCUGGCUUGAUCCUCGGGGCGUCAACGAACUCAAACUCCAGAAGGAAAUCAAGCUAUUCGAAGACAAGAUCAAAGCCCACAUGAUCGCACGCAGAGAGUACCUCGCCCCUGUCCCCGCGGCGAGCGAGGAGCCGAGCCAGGAUGAGGGGAGGAAACGCGUUUCGGCAAGACAGACGAAGGUGUUGCAGCAGGCGAGGGAGACGUAUAGGUGUCUUGCGUGGCGGAAUGGGAUGGCGGUGGAGGAGUUGGGCCAUUUGCAUUCGGAGCAGCCGAGGGUGAGGAGGCCGACUAAGAAGGGGGCUGUGGUGGAGGGGGGAGAGGGGAAGGGGAAGAAGGAGAGGGGGGGGAGGAGGGAUAGGUAG